GACUCCGGAUGCAGACACUGAUAGAGGGUGCAGAUUGUCCGUCGAGAAACGAACAUGAGCUCGAUGGAGUAUGUCGUCUCCCUCCCGUCUCCUUCCAACUGCUCUAUCAGUCCCUUCAUCACCACCUUCGUUUUUCUCUCUAUGAGAGUCGCGCCUGCGGUUGUUUAAUCGACGGCGUGCAUUCACUUCGUCCUUCGCGCCUUCUUCCCCCAAAGCGGCGUCCUUCAUUCCGGAAACUUCACCUGCGCCUGGCAUAGUAAUCUCCAGCCGUCCCCUCGCUCCGUUCAUCGUGUUCUACCGUUCACUUUCUUCUUGACCACUUUUGCAUAAUCCAAAGCUCAACUGACCGGUCACAAUGGCUCAGCUCAAAACUGCCUUUUUGGCCCUCUUCGCCCUCUUCGCAUCCUACGCCUUGGCUGUCUCGCCGCUCGUUGUUCAGGGCUCCGAUUUCGUCAACAGUGUUGAUGGCACGCGUUUCCAGAUCAUUGGUGUUGCCUAUCAACCUGGUGGUUCUUCGGGUUUCAAUCCCGGCUCUGGCCUCGACCCGUUGAGCGAUGCUGAUAUCUGCCUCCGAGAUGCCGUGCUCAUGCAACGCCUGGGUGUCAACACUAUCCGCGUCUACAACCUCGACCCUGACUUGGACCACUCUGCUUGCGCCUCUAUCUUCAACGCCGCCGGUAUCUACAUGAUCCUUGACGUCAACAGUCCCUUGCCGAACCAGUCUCUCAACCGCGGCGCACCCUGGGAAUCGUACACUUCUGCGUAUCUGGAGCGUGUUUUUGAUGUCGUGGAAGCCUUCAUGCACUUCAACAACACCUUGGGAUUCUUCAGUGGAAACGAGGUCAUCAAUGAGGACUCGGUCCCGGAGGUGCCGUCCUACAUUCGGGCAGUCACCAGAGACCUCAAGGAUUACAUCUCCAAACAAGCACCAAGAUCAAUCCCUGUUGGCUAUUCUGCUGCCGAUGUCCGUCCCCUGCUUAUGGGCACAUUCAACUACUUGUCUUGCGGGUUGGACAAUGACACCAGCUCCAAGAUUGAUUUCUUCGGCCUCAACUCUUACUCCUGGUGUGGCAAUGCCACUUUCCAGUCUUCUGGAUACGACGUCCUGGUUGGCGACUUUGGUAAUACCACAAUCCCAGUCUUCUUCUCCGAGUACGGCUGCAACCUGGUUACUCCACGACUGUUUACCGAAGUCCCCGUCCUCUACUCGGAGAACAUGACACCCGUCUUUUCUGGCGGUCUCAUCUACGAGUACAGCGAGGAACCCAACAACUAUGGCUUGGUGAAUCUCAAUGACAACGGAACCGUGUCCAUUCUACCCGACUACGACAAUCUUCGACAGCAGUACGAUUCGCUGGAUGUCAACGCGCUCGAGAGAGCCAAUGCCACGGCAACGUCGCUCACGCCUCCAGUGUGUGCCGCUGAUUUGCUGGCUGGAUCCAACUUUAGCACCAGCUUCGACCUGCCCACUCGCCCAGACGGCGUCGACACGUUGAUUCAGAAUGGCGUCUCUGGCAAGUUCCCGACAGGCACCUCAUCAGUCACGAACACCAAGCCUUCACAAACCGUGUACGACGUCGAUGGCCAAGAAAUCACCGGGCUCCAACUUACCAUUCUGCCCAAUGAUGAGAGCAACUUGCCAGGCAACAACACCAGCGGAAGCACACCCAACAGCACUCCAUCUUCGUCGCCCAGUGCCACCACGGCCGGUAGCCAGCCCACAAACACCAAUGCAGCCGCAAAGGUGAACGAUAUGAGAUUCGGAUCUCUUAUCCUGGGCGCCUUGACUGCUGGACUAGUGAUGCAAUUGUGAUUGAAGAGUGAAUGGGACAGGGGAUGGAAUGCGUAUCAUACGUCGAUUGUGUUUCGAAUCCAGGCUUCAUCCACUGCAUCUGCAAAAGGAACCGAAGGCAUAGUUCACGUUCUCUUCAUGGACAUAUUUGCCAUUGACUUUGCAGGCCGAAGUCUAAAAGACCAUAAGACGUGCUAAUAAUGAUGAUUAGAUGAAUCCAGAAGAACCUUUUUGUUCCAAUCCAGCGCUUUUCCAUUGAAAUCGAGGUGUUUCGCAGGGGGUUGGGCCAAUGUGGCACGCAUCCCAGGUGGCGGGCAUUGACGGAAGGGGAGUUUUCUCGUCAAGCCUCACGC